GUGAUACAAGCAUACGCCAAGUUCUAAUACCAACCAACAAAGGAGAUAUCAAAGAAGGCUGGAGAUUUUGUAGAAUUUUUAUAAGAAUUCAUGGCUUCACCAAUUCCAAAAUCUCCUGAGCAGUCUGAAAAGAAUCGAAAAUAUGAUAGACAGUUAAGGUUAUGGAAUGAUCAUGGUCAGGCUUUGCUUGAAGGAGCACACAUUUGUUUAAUUAAUGCUAACGCCCUUGGUACAGAAAUUUUAAAAUCUCUUGUGCUACCCGGAAUUGGUGCGUUUACUAUCAUUGAUGGAAAUAAAGUUACAGAAGAGGAUAUUGGUUCUAACUUUUUCUUAGAUGCUGAUAGUGUAGGAAAAUCACGUGCACAUGUAUCAACCCAAUUUCUUUUGGAGUUAAAUCCUGAUGUUAGGGGGGAUUAUAUUGAUGAAGGACCAGAACAAAUAUUAAAUAAUAGUCCAGACUUUUUUAAUAAUUUUAAUGUAGUUAUUGCUUGUGCAAUUUUGGAAAAGUCACUGAUUAUUCUAGCAAAAAAGUUAUGGGAACUUGAUAUUCCAUUGAUUGUAUGUAAAACAAUAGGAUUUGUUGGAUAUAUAAGAGUUCAAGUAAAAGAACAUACUAUUAUAGAAAUGCAUCCAGAUAAUGAAAUACCUGAUUUAAGACUCAAUAAACCGUUUGAGUUGUUAAAAACUUACUUUGAUUCAAUAGAUUUAAAUAAUUUUGAUAUAAGAGAUCACUCUCAUACACCUUAUGUUAUAAUUUUAUAUAAAUAUUUACAACAAUGGUUAAUAAAUUACCAGGAUAUACCAAGAACAAAAAUUGAAAAAGAACAGUUCAAACAAAUGAUAAUAGAUGGUGUAAGAAAAGAUGAAAAUGGUAUUCCAGUAGAUGAAGAAAAUUUUAAAGAAGCUAUUAAAGCAGUUAACAUUUGUAUUUCACAUACAUCUGUAUCUAAUUCUUUAAAAGAAGUAUUAAAUGAUAAUAGUUGUAUAAAUCUUAACUCUAAAAGUAGUUCCUUUUGGAUUAUUGCCAAAGCUAUUAAAGAUUUUAUGGAAAAUGAAGGCGAUGGACUAUUACCUUUAAAAGGUGCAUUACCAGAUAUGAUAGCUGAUACAGAGAAAUUUAUUUCCUUACAACAAGUGUAUCAUAAACAAGCAAAUACUGAUAUUGAAGCAGUUUGGAAAAGAACUCUUCAAUUAUUAAGACAACUUGGCAAACCAUCAGAUUCAAUAUCUGAAAAAGAUGUAAAAUUAUUUUGUAGGCAUGCAUCUGAACUUUGUAUACAACGUGGGUCAUCACUUGCCAAUGAAUAUGAUGCAAAAUUAAUAAAUACUAAUGAAAUAGCACAAAGUUUAGAAAACCCCGAAAGUUUAAUGGUUUAUUAUGUAGUAUUGAGAGGAGUUGAAAAGUUUCAAGCCGAAUAUAAUGCUUAUCCUGGUGAAUUUGAUGAUCAUGUAGAACCAGAUAUUGUAAAACUUAAGGCUUGCAUAUCCAAGUUAUUAGGGGAAUGGGGUUGUGCACCACUAGCAAAAGACGACUAUGUACAUGAAUUUUGUAGAUUUGGAGGAGCUGAACUACAUUCUGUUUCUGCAAUGAUAGGAGGUCUUGUUGCUCAAGAAACUGUAAAAUUUAUAACACAUCAAUACAAACCCAUUAAUAAUACUUUUAUAUAUGAUGCUGUUACUUGUAGUGGGUCUACUUUUAUAUUUUAGAAAAUAAUAAACAAUUUUAUUAU